CAUUGAAGGUAGCUCAUAUACUUCCAUAUCUGUUUGUUUCUCACCUUUUACUAGUCGAACUACAUUAAGCCUCAACACCAAAACCAUCAGUUAGGAAUCUGCAACAAAGAAAAUACUGAUGUCUAACGAGCAAGAACACCCCAGGAAGGCAUUUGGAUGGGCUGCAAGAGAUUCAUCUGGUGUUCUCUCUCCCUUCAGUUUCUCCAGAAGGGAAUCCGGAGAGAAAGACGUGACAUUCAAAGUGUUGUAUUGUGGGAUUUGCCAUUCGGACCUUCACAUGGUCAAGAAUGAAUGGGGCUUCUCUACCUAUCCUCUGGUUCCCGGGCAUGAGAUUGUCGGUGAAGUAACGGAAGUAGGGAGCAAUGUACAAAAAUUCAAAGUUGGAGACAAAGUCGGUGUUGGAUGCAUAGUUGGAGCUUGCCGAUCUUGUGAUAGUUGUACCGACCAUCUUGAGAACUACUGCCCCAAACAAAUACUCACGUACAGUGCCAAGUACUAUGACGGAACCACCACCUAUGGCGGUUACUCUGACAUUAUGGUUGCAGAUGAACACUUCGUACUCCGUAUCCCGGACAACCUACCCCUUGAUUGUGCUGCUCCUCUCCUAUGUGCCGGAAUCACAACCUACAGCCCGUUGAGAUAUUUUGGACUUGACAAGCCCGGUAUGCAUGUGGGUGUGGUUGGCCUAGGUGGUUUAGGCCACGUCGCAGUGAAGUUUGCCAAGGCAAUGGGAGUGAAGGUUACAGUGAUCAGUACGUCCCCUAAUAAGAAGGAGGAAGCAGUUAAACACCUAGGAGCUGAUUCGUUUUUGGUUAGUCGUGACCAAGAUCAAAUGCAGGCUGCCAUUGGUACCAUGGAUGGGAUCAUUGACACAGUUUCUGCACAACAUCCUCUCUUGCCUUUGAUUGGUCUGUUGAAGUCUCAUGGAAAGCUUGUCAUGGUUGGUGCACCAGAAAAGCCUCUUGAGCUUCCAGUUUUUCCUUUACUCAUGGGAAGGAAGAUGGUAGCUGGUAGCGGCAUUGGAGGUAUGAAGGAGACACAAGAGAUGAUCAAUUUUGCAGCCAAGCACAACAUAACAGCAGACAUCGAGGUCAUCCCAAUUGACUACUUGAACACUGCCAUGGAGCGCCUUGCCAAAGCAGACGUCAGAUACCGUUUUGUCAUUGACAUUGGAAACACACUGAAGGCUAGAUCUUAAAUUCUCCAAACCAGACUGUAUCAAUGAAGAUAUAAGAACAGAAGCCCAGACUGAUCUGGUGCCAUAAACAUUGUUGUUCUUUCUACAGAGCAUUUUUUGUUGUUCGCUACAUUAAUUCUUUUUCUUCUUUUAAACUCUCUUAUCCUCAUCACAUUAUAAGCAGAAUGUAAUGUAAUGAUUCGAAAUAACUGAUUACAUGAAUAAUUUACUGCCUUCUCUAAUGAUUUGAUAUAAAUGAAUAUUUGAAUAA